AUGGCUGCGGGGGACUUGUAUGUGCAGGGUGCCCGGGUGUGGAUCCCUGACUGUGUCGAAGUCUGGAGGGUGGCAGAAGUAACCAGAAGCUACAAGGAAGGAGAUGCCGUUCUCCAUCUCCGCCUGGAAGAUGGCUCGGCACUGGCCUACCCCAUCGAGUCCCAGCUGCCACCUCUCUGCAACCCCGACUGCCUCUCAGGCGCCGAUGACCUGGUGGCCCUGAGCUACCUGCAUGAGCCAGCUGUGCUGCACUCGCUCCGCCGGCGCUUCGUGGAGGCUAAUGCCAUCUACACCUACUGCGGUGUCAUCCUCGUCGCUAUCAACCCCUACAAGCCGUUGCCCAUCUAUGAGGAGGAGGUGAUUUACGCCUACAGUGGCCACGAAAUUGGGGACAUGGAUCCCCACAUCUUUGCUUUGGCAGAGGAGGCGUACAAGCAGAUGGUGAGGUUUGGGAAGAACCAGUCCCUCAUCAUCAGCGGUGAGUCAGGUGCAGGGAAGACUGCAUCGGCCAAGUAUGCCAUGAGAUACUUCACCACUGUUGGGGGCUGCCUGUGCGACUCCAGCAUGGAGGAGAAGGUGCUGGCCUCCAGUCCCCUCAUGGAGGCCUUUGGGAAUGCAAGGACAACCAGGAACGACAACAGUAGUCGCUUUGGGAAGUACAUCGAAAUCGGCUUCAGCCAAGCACGUGUCACAGGGGCCACCAUCAAAACCUACCUGCUGGAGAAGUCCCGUGUCACCUUCCAUGCGAAAGCAGAGAGGAACUACCACAUCUUCUACCAGCUCUGUGCCUCGGCCGCCCUGCCUGAGCUCCAGGGCCUGGGUCUCCGUGGGGCAGAGUCCUUCCACUACACCUGCCAGGGCCAGUGCACUGCCGCCCAGAGCACCAACGACGUGGCUGACUUGGACAGCACGCGGCAUGCCUUCUCGCUCCUGGGUGUCCCUGAGGCCAACCAGCUGGAGCUAUUCAGCAUCCUGGCUGCCAUCCUGCACCUAGGCAACAUUGUGGUCAGAGGGAGGGACCGCCGUGGGGAUGGCUGCUUCGUGGAGCCUGCUGAUAAGGCCCUAGGGCUGUUCUGCAUGCUGCUGGGCGUGGAGGCAUCGCAGGUGAUGCGCUGGCUCUGCCACCGCAAGCUGGUCACUGCUGGUGAGACCUACCUGAAGCCCCUCUCCAGGCAGCAGGCGCUCGACUCCCGGGAUGCCUUGGCCAAGCAUAUGUAUGGGCAGGUCUUCAGGUGGAUGGUGAGCAGGGUCAACCGUGCCCUGCGGUCACCGGAGGGCCACCGUACCUCCAUUGGCAUUUUGGACAUCUAUGGGUUUGAGAUGUUUGAGCUCAACAGCUUUGAGCAGUUCUGCAUCAACUAUGCCAAUGAGAAGCUGCAGCAGCUCUUCAACCUGCACGUCUUCAAGCUGGAGCAGGAGGAGUAUGUGACUGAGGAGAUCCCUUGGGUCUUUGUCGACUUCUGUGACAACCAGCCAUGCAUUGAGCUCAUCGAAGGCCAGCUUGGCAUCCUGGACCUGUUGAAUGAGGAGUGCAAGAUGCCUCAAGGCAGUGAUGGGAGCUGGGCCCAGAAGCUUUAUCGGACCCAUCUCAGCAGCUCCCACUUCCAGAAGCCCAAGACGCCCACGGAUGCUUUCGUUGUCUGCCACUUCGCUGGCAAGGUGGAAUACCAGUGUGAUGGGUUUGUGGAGAAGAACAGGGAUGCUGUGCCCGAGGAGCUGGUGGGGCUGCUGCGAGCCAGCAAGUCUGCCCUGCUUGCUGAGCUCUUCCUGGAAGAAGGGGAUGGCCCCACGUCCCUGCAGUCCCGCAGGUCCAGUGGGCCCAGGAUGGCUGGUCGCCCUAGCCGCAGAUCGCUGCCCAGCAGCCAAAAGAGCAAGAAGUCCAUCUCCAGCCAGUUCAAAGCCUCCCUGAACCGGCUGAUGGAGAUGCUGGGCAGCACCACACCGCACUACAUCCGCUGCAUCAAACCCAACGAUGCCAAGCAGCCCUUUGUGUUUGACUCUAGGCGAGCAGUGGAGCAGCUACGAGCCUGUGGGGUCCUGGAGACCAUCCGGAUCAGUGCCUCAGGCUACCCCUCCAGGUGGACGUAUCAGGAGUUCUUAGAGAGGUACAGGGCUCUGGUGAGCAGAGAGGAGCUGGUGGGCACUGAUGAGAAGCAGAUCUGCAGCCUUGCCCUUGAGAGACUGCUUCAAGACCCCAGCAAGUACCAGUGUGGGAAGAGCAAGGUGUUUUUCCGGGCCGGCCAAGUAGCUUACCUGGAAGAGCUGCGGUACCGCCGGCUGAGGUCAGCCUGCGUCCUGCUGCAGAGGCACCUGCGGGGCUGGCUGGCACGGAGGCGCUUUCGACGGGCACGCACCGCGGCAGUCUGCCUGCAGCGCCAUGCGCGGGGCAUGUUGGCCCGGAGGUUUGCCAGGAUGCUGCGAAGGACCAGGGCUGCCGUGACGCUGCAGAAGACCCUGAGGAUGGUUCUGGCCCGGCGCUCCUACCUACGCGUGCGCCGGGCUGUCAUCACCAUCCAAGCCUUUGCCCGGGGCAUGUUUGCCCGGCGUCUUUACCAACAGUUGGUGUGGCAUCAGAAAGCUGUGGUGAUACAGGCUGCUGUCAGGGGCUGGCUGGCCCGGACCCGCUACACCCGCCUGCGUAGGACUGUCAUCUACCUGCAGUGCUGCUACCGCCGGGUGCGGGCAUGCCGGGAGCUGCGGCGGCUGCGUGUCGAGGCACGCUCGGUCGAGCACUACAAGCAGCUGCACAAGGGCAUGGAGAUCAAGGUGAUACAGCUGCAGUGCAGGCUGGAUGAGCAGGCCCAGGAGAAGCAGCGGCUGGCGGAACAGCUCUCGGGGCUGAACACUGCCCAUGCCGAGGAGGUGCAGCGCCUGCGGGCCGAGAUGCAGCAGCUGAGAGAGGAUGCAGCCCGCGAUGCCCAGGUCCAGCAGCUGCAGGAACGGCUGGCCGAGCUGGAGAAGCACAGUGUGAAGAGCUGCCUGGGCCAGGAGGUUGAGGAGCUCAAGCAGGUCGGUCUGUCUGUCUGUCCAGGGAUGCUCUUGCUCUGCUGGGGCUCCAGGGGUCUCUCCAGGGACCUGGCACGCUUGGCAGAGGUGGAAGCCGUGAAGCUGCAGCUGGGGGAAGAGAGGGAUGCCCUGAUCCAGCGCAUGUUGGAGCAGUCGCAGGAUCUGGAAGAGCAGCACCGGCGUGCGGCGCGGGAGAGCCAGGGGCUGCUGCAGGAGCUGGAGGAGGAGCGGGCGCGCUACCAGAGCCUGGUGCAGGAGUACGCCCGCCUGGAGCAGGGCUACGAGAACCUGCGGGAUGAAGUGGCCUUCCACAGGCAAAGCACCUUGAGACGGUCCCCUUCGACGGAGAGCUUCUUGGGCUCCGAGAGCAGCUACUUGUCCUCCAUGUCUACAGCUCCCUCACGAGACAGCUCCGACCAGCAGACUGAGGCUAGUGGUGACACUGGUGGGGACAGUGUGGUGGGGGGGCUGGAGGAGGGCUGGCAGCCGGUGCCAGAGGGGCUGCAGCCACAGCCCAGUGGUGAGGCACCGCUGAAGAGCAGCGUGGGCCAGGAUCCCUUCGAGAAGGCGUAUCUGCUCCUCCUGGGGCAGUUCAAUGCUGUUAACGAGGAGCUGGCCCGGACCCGGGAGGAGCUGCGGAGGUCCAAGGCCCCCGUGGAGCUGGAGGAGAGGAAACCGUUGGACUUCUUCAAGCGCAGGAACAUAGCUGAGAUGCUGGGGCUGGGCAGGAGCCCAGGGAAGGUGGUAGUGGAUGAUGACUUGAAGCAUGCAUAUGAUGCGGUGCAGGUUGCCAACAGGCUGCUGGCGAGUCAGCUGCGGGAGGAGAAGCAGCAGCACGAGGAGGAGGUAGAAGGGCUGCACCUCGAUAUCUGCUCGCUCAAGCAGCUGAGCCAGCAGCAGGCAGCCCUCAUCCAGGACCUGCAGCGGCACCAGGGGCAGGAGGGGCUGCAGCGUCAUGUCCUGCAGCUCAAGGAGGAGAACUGGGCAAGUGCCUGCACAGGAGGGAGGCGUGGGGCUAGCGGGAGGGUCACUAGCCUCAACGUGGGGAGCGGAGUCCCCCCUGAACAGAGAUGCUGGGGACCAUCUGCUUGGACUGAGCUGGGGCGACCUGAUGUGGGUCCCACAGCCCAGGACACAGCAGGAUGUGACCUGCGUUCCUCUCCCCCAGUGAAGAGAGAGGCUACUGGGCCAGUGCAGAAGUUGGCAGCAUCUGCUGUGGUCGUGUCCCAGUCCCCCGUGAUGCCAUCCCUGGCUGGGCUGUCCCAGGCCAUGCUAGCGUGGAGGAUGGAGGACGAAGGGCGCAUUAUCAAGGCCAUCAUUACAGACUACAAACCGCAGAGCAGCCCCGGAGCGCUCCCAGACCUGCCAGCCUACAUUCUCUUCCUCUGUUUCCGGCACGCGGACCACUGCUGUGACGAGCCACGGGCCCGCUCGCUCCUGGAUGCGGCCAUCAACGCCAUCAAAAGGGUCAUGAAGAAGCACAGCGAUGACUUUGACCUGGUGGCACUCUGGCUCGCCAACACCUGCCGGCUCCUGAACUGCCUGCGCCAGUAUAGCCAGGAUGAGACCUACUGGCAGGGGAAUACGGUGCGGCAGAAUGAGCAUCGCCUGCAGAACGUGGACCCUCAGAGCUCCUGCUGCAGCCUGGGUGCCCUGGCUGUCCAGCUCUACCAGCAGCUCAUCCGCACUGCUGAGAAGCGCCUCAAACCCAUGAUUGUUGCUGCAAUGCUGGAGAGCGAGCCCAUUCAGGGCUUGUCCUCCUCCUGCCCUCCUGGCCACCGCCGGUCCUCGGCAGCCCCUGCCCACACCCUGCCUGAGCUGCUGCAGCAGCUGGGCUCCUUCCGUGCAGCGCUGGACCUCCAUGGGCUGGCCCCCAGCGUGGGGCACCAGGUUCUGCGCCAGCUCUUCUUCCUCAUCAGCGGCACCACCCUCAACUACCUGCUGCUGAGAAAGGACACGUGCUCCUGGAGCUGUGGCAUCCAGCUCAGGUACAACAUCAGCCAGUUGGAGCAGUGGCUGCGGGCAGAGGGGCUGCAGCAGAGUGGGGCCUGUGAGGUGUUGGAGCCCCUGGUCCAAGCUGCCCAGCUGCUGCAGGUGAAGAAGGUGACAGAGGAGGAUGCUGGAGCUCUCUGCAGCCUGUGCACGGUGCUGUCGACCCAGCAGGUUGUGAAGAUCCUCCGGGCUUACACCCCAGCUGUCGGGCUGGAGGAGCGCAUCAGCCCCAGCUUUAUCAGCAGCGUUGAGAAAAAGCUGCAGGACCAGUAUGGAGGGGGACCCAGCCAGCUCCUGGUGGAUACCAGCCACCUCUUCCCUGUGCACCUGCCCUUCACCACCUCCCCCCUGCAUCUGGAUGAGCUCCGCAUCCCUGAUGCCCUCAACCUGGCCUUCCUUGUCCGUCUCUGAGUCCAGGUCUGGCCCUGGGUUACUGCCAGUGCCCUGUCGAGGGGUGUCUGAAGCCCCUGAGGUGUGGGAAGGCCACGAAGGCUGGGGGGACAGCACUUUUUAUGUGUACCGUUCUUCUGGGAAGUUGUUUAUUUAUUGAAACUCGGGUGCCUUGUUUGUGGCACAGCCAGGGCCCAUGGCAGUCCUGUGCUGGGGCUUUUGGUCACUUUUUAAUCCUUUGAAGUUAAUAAAAGUCUUUGCAGCUAACUUUGGAGUCUGAGGCUGUCUGGGGUGGGUGUGCUCUUUGGCAGGUGGUGUGAGGGAGCUUGAGGACCAUCACUGGG